GGACGUACAGCGUCUGACAUGCACAAUCUUAUCAUAGAUCCCGGGUGCCGUGCAGUUACCCCUUUACACUGUCGUCUAACGCAGUCCUUACGAUAGUAUCAUCAACGGUCUCGUUCUCGACACCAAGGAAUUUCGCGCACGCAGUAGUGUCCUUGUCGAUCAGCACACCCAACUUCCCCUAAAAACAACAAGCGCCCUCAGCACCAGCCGCCUUGAUCAGCGCCUCACAUUCCCCCAAAAACAUUCCCACGCAGCACAUCCCCACAAGUAAAACCCGGCACCAACAAUGGACCUCACCGACCACUACCACAACCCCUACCUCCGCCUGCUCCCACACUACCGCACUUACUUCCCAGCCAUAUUCCGCUCCUGCAAUCCCUUCGUCAGAUCCCUAACCCUCAGCCCAAGACGCACGGCCUUCCUCUUGACCCUCGUCUUGCGCACCGUGCAAACGAGCUGGUACCUGUUCCUGGGCAUCAUGGGCCACGCCAAAAGCAACGGCAUCUGGCUCCUGGUCGCCAUCUGCGUGGUGGCGUUCACCGUCGAAAUGUGGAACUUGCAUCUGGUCGUCGAGGCCGAGAGCGAGGGUCAGCUGGGUGCGUGGCGCGUGCCGGCCGGCGCGUUCACGUUGUUUGUGGGUUGGAUUGCGGUUUGGCAUGUCUGGAUGGUGCCGUUGGAGGUCGAUGGGAUGGCGUUUUACGGCUCGGGGACGGCGGUGUUGUAUGUGGAGGGCUUUUGGAUUGCAGUGAUUGCUUUUGUGGCGUGGGUCGCGAACAGGGAGCCUGUGGUCGAGGGUUUGAGUCUGGCGUAAAAGUUGGCGCGCUUGUGUAUCGUGGGAUGAUCGUGGGGAAAGGUUGGAGCAUUGUUCUUGCGCUCGCACAGCGGUCGAAUAUUGUAUGGUAGUGGGCCUUUACAAUCAUCCUAAGAGCCACUCCCUGAGCAGCCGAUCUCAUGAUGAGUCCGGGACUGGAGGUGCCCACAUCCAUUGCUGUAGGUUGGGCAUGAAGUCGAAAAAGCCGGUGUCGUUGUAUGGCAGCACACCCUGCGACCAUACAGCCGU